GUCAUCUUCGCCUUGGACCGCACCCGGUGGCUUGCAGGACUUGGAUCUUCCACUUAACGGAGCUGCCGCCGAACUUCCAGGGCGGGAGCCAAAGAUCGCGCCCAUGUCGAAGAACCCACCUGGCGUUGGCAUCAAGCGAGUUGGGAAAGUCGAGCCGAAAGAGGUUGCUCCUGCGGGACCAGAUCCUCAGGGGCGAACAACAGUAAUGCUGAGGAAUUUGCCCAACAACUACACGAGAGACAUGCUUUUGGAGCUGAUUGACAGCAUGGGCUUCCGCGGACAAUAUGAUUUCUUGUACCUCCCCAUUGAUUUCCAGACCCACGCCUGCCUGGGCUAUGCGUUCGUCAAUUUGGUGGAUCCAGGUGUGGUGCCCUCAUUUUGGAGGUCGUUCGAUGGCUUCAGCAACUGGAGCCUGCCCAGCAAGAAGGUUUGCUACAUCAGCUGGAGCGGUCCUCACCAAGGGCUCGAAGCGCACAUUGAACGCUACCGCAAUAGCCCAGUCAUGCAUGGCGAAGUCGGCGACGAAUGUAAGCCUCUCAUCUUCCGAGAGGGAGUGCGGGUGGAGUUUCCGGUGCCUACAAAGUCCAUCCGACCUCCCCGUGUCCGCAAGCGCUUGGAGACUGCAGCAAAUCCACCGCGUGCCAACGUCAAGAGCCAG